AUGUCUUCAAUAAAUCAAUAUGAAUUAUUGAAAAUAAAUGGUUCAUGGAAAGAUCGUCUGAAAUAUAUUUUAUCAUUGACUGAUAAAAAUGAUUUAGAAAAGCAUUUAAAACAAUCAUCUGAAUCAUCUUAUGAUGAUUUAAAGAUGUUGAUUUCUUUAUCAUUAUCAACUAAGAAUGAGAAAAAUUUGUUCGACAUAUUUAAAAACAAUUCAUUAUCAACAAAACAACGAGCUUCUGCUGGUCAACGCUGGAUUCUACUUCAAAAAGAUCCAAAACAAAUUCAUAAAUUUAUUGUUGAAUCAAUCAAUGAUAAAAAUCUUCCUCGAUAUUUAAAACAUCAAAUAUUGAAAGAUCUUCAUCGAGUUGAUUGUUUAAAAAAAUCUUCAUCAUUUUUUUAUGAUCUUGCUUGUCAUUUAACAGAAUCAAAUAAUCAUGAACAAUAUAAUAUAGAUGCCUAUUUAGUACCAUUUUGUAAAUACGAUCAAAUAAUUGAUCUUUUAUCACGAUGGUCAUUAAAACGUUUUGAACAAAUUAAUUUAUCAUCAGCAUUUUAUUUUAAAUUAAUUCGUUAUCAACCUCUUAUUAUCAUUCAUUUAAUGAAAGCUGAUUUAAAUGAAUACAAAAAUGAUUAUGAAAAAAUUUCGAAUUAUUUUAACAAAAAAUAUGAAACAUUUCAAUUAAUUUCAAAAAAAGAACCAAAAACAUUGAUGAAUUUAACAAUUGAAUAUUUAAAUCAAUUAGAGAAACAUAAAAGAUUCUUACCUUAUUUUAUUCAUUGCAACGAUACAUAUUUUUUUGAAAAAUGUCCAGAAGAAAUGAUUCAAAUAAUAACAAUUAUUGCUUCAAAUCAACCAGGUCAAAUGAAAUAUACAUCAAGCUGGAGUAAUGAAGGAUAUGAUUUCACUUCACUUCAAAUACCUCGUUCAUUUUCUAUUGAAAAUUAUGUUCGUUUAUUUCUUGCUUUAUAUGAUACAUGUAAAUGGUCAUCAAAUUAUACGAUUGGUAUAUUUCAAUAUAUUUUACAAAGUUCAGAACAAUCAUUAAGUCUUUAUAGAUUAAAGAAAGAAAAAAAAUGGUUAGUUGAUAUUGUUAUUGAAAAACAUAUUGGAAAAGAAUUAUUUUUAAAAAAAUUAUUAAAAGAAGGAACUGAAGAAAGUCUUCGUCUAUUUCAAAUGUAUCCAGAAUUUACAACACCACUUUCUAUUCAUAUAUUAUCACAAUCUGAACGUGAUAGAGUAGUUGAUGAUAAAAAACGUUUAACAUUUCUUCGUUAUCAACUAAUGACACAAGAAAUUUUUGAUAAAUUUUUAUCCUUAUUUAAAAAAACGGGUUCAGAUGUUAAUCAGCGUGUUAUUAAUUAUCCACUUUUGCUUGAGUGUGCUAUAUCAACAAAUGAGCAAUAUGUUAAAAAAGUUCUGGAAUGGAUUGAAAAAAGAUUUACUAAUGAACAAUUAAAUGUUAUUGCAAGUUUCUUAAGCAAAUUAAAUUCAUAUAAUAUGCGAUUUAAUUUAGAAUAUUUACCAAAUAAUAUUAAUUCAAUUCAAACUAUUAUUAAUAUUGCUACUAAUCAUUUACAACAAUCAUCAUAUACUUUACAAAUUAUUUUAAAUUAUGGAAUCUUUUUACUUCGAUCUGUUGAACAUCAUCCAAAUAAACAGCGAAAAGAAAUCAUUCAACAAUUUGCUAAGAAAAUUAUCAAACAAUGUUUUUCAACGAGUGAUAAUAUUAGACCUGAUGGAACACCAAUAAGUAAAUCAUAUCCAGAAGCACGUUCUAUAUUGGCUGAUAUUCUUAUAACAGAUUUAUUUCCAAAACUUAUUUCCAAAACAAUGUUAGAUGAAUUAAGUAAUUCAUUAGACUCAUAUAUAGAUGAAGCUUGGCAUUUACCACAAAUGGAUUUAUUUAUUAAUACAUUUUUCACUCAAUCUCUUUCUUCAUCAACAAAACUUCAAUCAACAUUUCAAAUUGAUGAACAUUCUUCGAUGAUUUCAUUUUAUUUAAAAAAUAAAUCAACUCGAUUCGAAAGAGUUAAUCAAUUAAUUAAUCAAAUUGAUAAAAUAUUUUUCAUUGAUCCAAAUGUUCAACGAAUUGCUUUACAUUCUCAAAAAUAUCAACAAUUAAUAGAUGAAUUAGUUCAAGAUAAUAAAUGUCUUACUUUAGAUAAAUUAACAAAUGAACAAUGUAAACUUUCAACAAUUUUAAGUGCUACAACAAAAAAUCUUAAACUACCUGGAUUAUAUAUUAAUAUAUUGAGUAGUUGUUAUUAUCUAUUGACUGGAAAACAACAACAGCAUAUAACUCAUAUUAUUCUAAACGAUUAUUUACGAGACAAAGACGUAUCUAAUUUAGAUAAAUUAAAAUCAUUACGUAUUCUUCGUUCUCUAUCAUCAACACAUAACGAAACACUUGAAUGGCUUCAAAAAAACCAAGAUUCUCAAUUAGUAAUAAAGUCUUCGGAUGAAAACUCUCGUCCACGAAGUCGUGCUGCUGCUAUUCAUCCACUUGAUGAUAUAAUUCUAUGUCUACCAGCUACAUUUGAUUUAACUCCAGAUAAUUUACUAAAACAUUUUGAUCUAUUAAAAACAAAAUUAAAUGCAUCAAAUGCAAAAUUUAUUAGUGAUGCUAUGUUAAGUAUUUCAAUUAAAAUAAGUGAUGAAAGUUUCUUAAAAUCUUAUCUUGAAUUUAUUCGUAAUGAACAAUUUCAAAAACUCGGUAUAACAGCAAAUAAAGAACUUCUUCGCUUAUUAAUUCAAUAUGUAUAUGAUUCAAGAUUAAUAACAACUGUUAUAAAACCUUUAUGGGAUAGACAUCCUCAUCAAGAUAUUCGUGCAUGUCUUAUUUUAAUUCUACUUUAUUUUAUUGGUAAAUCACAUUCCGAUAUAGUUUGGAAUAUUCUUGAACAAGCUGCAUAUGAUGAAUAUUUUCCUGUAGUGGAAACUUUAUUUGUUAGUUAUCGAGGAGAUUCUCGUUGGCCAUUAUCAAAAUUGAAAUAUUCAUCGAAAAAUUUAUUUGAAAAUUUUGUUAAUCAAAUACAAUUUAAAAUAUUAGAUCAUCCAACAUUAUUAGAAGCACGUUCAUAUGCUUGGUCGUAUCUUGAAUAUGAUUAUUGUUGUACGAAUGAGUUAAUUAACAAAGCUCAAAGUUUAUGUAUUCGAUUUGAUAAAGAUGGUAAUGUUUUAUGGUCAAACGCUUUUCAAAAAAUUAUUUUAUUUUAUAAACAAAAAAAGAUAUCUUCCUUAGAUAUAAUUAUUGAUAUUAUUAAAAAAAUUAUGUCAUACAGAGAUGAUAUCGAUACAAAACAAAAUGCCAUUAAUAAUCAACAUGAUUUACCAUUGAAAAAAAUGUCGUCAAUAAAUGAAUAUGAAUCAUUAAAAAUUAGUGGUACAUCAAGAGAUCGUAUUAAAUAUAUAUUAUCCCUAUCCGAUAAAAAUCAUAUAGAAAAACAUUUAAAAGAAUCGUUAUUAUCAUCUUACGAUGAUUUACAGGCUUUUAUUUUUCUAUCAAUAUCAACAAAAAAUCAGAUUAAUUUAUUGGAAAUAUUCAAAAAUGAUUCAUUGCCAGUAAAACAACGAGCUUUUGCUGGUCAACACUGGAUUCAACUUCAAAAUGAUGAAAAACAAAUUUAUAAUUUUCUUGUUGAAUCAAUAAAUGAUAAAAAUCUUGCUCGAUAUUUAAAGCAUAAAAUUUUGAAAGAUCUUCAUCGAGUAAAAUGUUUAAAAAAAUCGUCAUCAUUUUUUUAUGAUCUUGCUUGUCAUUUAACUAAAUCAAAUAGUCAUGAACAAUAUAAUAUUGAUGGAUAUUUAGUACCAUUUUGUAGUAAAGAUCAAAUUCUUAAUCUUUUAUCUCGAUGGUCAAUAAAACGUUUUGAACAAAUUGAUUGUUCAUCAGCAUUUUAUUUCAAAUUAAUUCGUUAUCAACCAUCUAUUAUAAUUCAUUUAAUAAAAGAAGAUUUAAAUGAAAUAAAGACAAAUAAUGAAAAAUUUUCAAAUUAUUUUCAAGAAUAUGAACAAUUAUUUAAUUUACUUUCGACAAAAUUACCAAAAGAAUUAACUUAUUUAACAAUUGAUUAUUUAAAUCAAUUAGAAACACAUAAAAGAAAUUUACCUCAAUUUAUUGAUUCAAAACAAACCUAUUUCUUUAAAAAAGUUCCUGAUGAAAUGAUUCAAUUAAUAACAAUCAUAGCUUCAAAUAAACCAGGUCAAAUUAAAUCUAUGACACGUUGGGAUAGUAGAGGAUCUGAAAUAAGUUCAUUUUCAUUUCCUCGUUCAUUUUCAAUUGAAAAUUAUCGUAAAUUAUUUGUUUGUUUAUAUGAUACAUGUAAAUGGUCAUCAAAUCAUACAAUGAAUAUUUUUAAAUUAAUGUUAGAAAAUAGAAAUAAAUAUUCAAAUAUAUAUUCAUUAAAAAAAGAACGAAAAUGGUUAAUUGAUACAAUUAUUGAAAAAUAUAUUGGAAAAGAAUUAUUUUUAAAAAUAUUAUUAAAAGAAGCAAAUGAAAAUUAUCUUUUAUUAUUUGAUAAAUAUGUUGAAUUUACAACACCAGCUUCUCUUCAAGUAAUAUCACAAUAUGAACGUAAAAGAAUUGUUGACGAUAAAGAACGUUUAUCAUUAAUUCGUUAUCAAAUAAUGACAGAAAAUCUUUAUGAUCAAUUUUUAUCUUUAUUUAAAAAAACAGGUUCAGAUGUCAAUCAACGUCAACAAAAUUAUGUUUUUUUUCUUCAAUCUGCUAUUUUAACAAAUGAACAAUAUAUAAAAAAUGUUAUUCAAUGGAUCGAAAAAAGAUUUACUAAUGAACAAUUAAUUGUUAUUGAAAAUUUUUUAAAUAAUUUAUCUUCAUAUAAUAUGAAACUUAAUUUUCAAAGUUUAAUAAAUAAUUUUGAUUCAAUUGAAUCUAUUAUUAAUAUUGCUAUUAAUCAUUUACAACAAUCAACAACUACUUUACGAACUAUUAUUUCUUAUGGAAGUUUUUUACUUAAAUCUAUUGAAUAUCAUCCAAAUAAACAAACAAAAGAAUUAAUUCAACAAUUUGCUACGAAAAUCAUUCGAAAGUUAAAUGCAUCAAAUGCAAAAUUUAUUAGUGAUGCUAUGCUAAGUAUUUCAAUUAAAAUAAGUGAUGAAAUUUUCUUAAAAUCUUAUCUUGAAAUUAUUCGUAAUGAACAAUUUCAAAAAUUUGGUAUAACAGCAAAUAAAGAACUUCUUCGUUUAUUAAUUCAAUAUGUAUCUGAUACAAGUUUAAUAACAACUGUUAUAAAACCUUUGUGGGAUAGUCAUCCUCAUCAAGAUAUUCGUGCAUGUCUUAUUUUAAUUCUACUUCAUUUUAUUGGUAAAUCACAUUCCAAUGAUGAUAAUAAUAUUAUUUGGAACAUUCUUGAACAAGCUGCAUAUGAUGAAUAUCUUCCUGUGGUAGAAAAUUUAUUUGUUAGUUAUCGAGGAUAUUCUCGUUGGCCAUUAUCAAAAUUGAAAUAUUCGUCGAAAAAUUUAUUUGAAACAUUUGUUAAUCAAAUACAAUUUAAAAUAUUAGAUCAUCCAAGAUUAUUAGAAGCACGUACAUAUGCUUGGUCAUAUCUUGAAUAUGAAUAUUGUCAUACGAAUGAAUUAAUUAACAAAGCUCAAAAUUUAUGUAUUCGAUUUGAUAAAGAUGGCAAUGUUUUAUGGAUAAACGCUUUUCAAAAAAUUAUUUUAUUUUAUAAACAACGAAAGAUAUCGUCCUUAAAUAUAGUUAUUGAUAUUAUUAAAAAAAUUAUGUCAUACAGAGAUGAUGUCGAUGCAAAACAAAAUGCCAUUAAUAAUCAACAUGAUUUACCAGUUUAUCGUCGUAUUCAAACUAUUCUAAGAAAUCUUAUAUCUAAGAUUAAUGAAUUUGAUAAUGAGAAAAAAAUUCAUUUUCGUUCACUUAUUCCAAUUUUUCUUCAAUUUGAUAAAAUAUUGGCUCCUCUUAUUGGAAAAUUAUUACUAAAAAUCGCUCAAAAUAAAGAAGAUAUUGAAGAUGCAUUAAAAAUUCUUCAAGAUAAUUUACCUGAAAUUUAUUUUGAAAGAAUAUUAACAGAACUAUCAGGUUUUCUUCAAAAGGAAGAUUAUUGCCAUUUUAUUAAACAUUUAAGUGUUGAUGAAAAACUUAAUUUAGCCCAAUGGUUUAUUAUGGAAAAAAAUCGACCAUUAUUCGUUUUUGAUUUUCUUCAAGAUUCUGUAUUUAAUCAAGCUUCUAUUGAUCGUGAAAAAUGCCAAAAUCUUCUUCGAUAUUUACGACAAUCGGAAAAUUUAACUGUAAGAGAGAAAGCCAUAAAUUAUACCGUAGCUUGGAGAGAUGAUGAUGAUGUCGACAAUAAUGAUUAA